AUGACCGACAGCGUGCCCGUGUCGGAUGUCGUCUGCGUCGACGACAUGGGCAAGGCCAGAGUCAUGGAACCCGUUUUGGCGGACAAGGUGGCCGGUUUGAGGGACCAAUGCGUGGAGUUCAUGAGCGAUAUAGAGCUGUACCGCGAGGCGGUGGACGGCUUCAUCGGCGUCAUGGACCGUUUGGCCAGACAGGUGGAGCGAGAGAAGCGAGACGCGAUCGUCGCGUCGAACAAGCUGGCGUCGUUGCCCAACAAGGCCGAACAAGAAAUCGCCACGUUACAAUCGCAGAUCGAACAAAAAACCAUGGAGCUCGAACGUUACAAGAUCGAGCACAGAUCGCUGCAAAAAAUCGAAUCUGAUCAAACGGAUUUAAUAAAUAGGUUAUCGUUUCAAAACUAA